AUGAAACAAACAUCUCAAGUUAUAUGCAAUUUAAAACAAGCACAAUUGGAAAAAAAUGGAAAAUUCUUAUUAAAAAAUAUUAUAUUUGAUGCUCAUCCAGAAAUAUUCUCAUCUUGUCAAUUGUCAUCGAAAUAUAAACCACCAACAAAUUGGCCAUCACAAGAUCGCAUUAUUUUCGACAAUGUUUCUAUGCCUCAUUCGGAAAAACCAAAUUCACUAUUGGCUCGUCAUCAUAUAUCAUUAAUAAUUGAACCUAGUGAAAAAAUUGAUAUUGUUAGAAGAACAGGCGCUGGUAAAAGUUCAUUUAUUCAAACUCUUUUUCGAAUAGGUACACUUGUCAAUAGUCACAUCACUAUUGAUAAUAUUGAUAUAGCAACUAUUGAAUUAGAUUAUGUUCGACGUUGUAUUUCAAUUAUUCCACAGGAUCCUGGUCUUUUUUAUUAG